AUGGUUCAACCAGCUCCCAACGGGGGCUCGAGGAAGAUAUCCUUCAACGUCUCUGAUCAGUAUGAUAUCCAGGAUGUGAUAGGCGAGGGAGCGUACGGGAUUGUCUGCUCUGCUGUGCACAAGCCGUCAGGUCAGAAAGUUGCCAUCAAGAAGAUCACACCUUUCGACCACUCCAUGUUCUGUCUUCGCACUCUACGAGAGAUGAAACUACUUAGAUAUUUCAACCACGAGAACAUUAUAUCCAUCCUUGACAUUCAGAAACCCCGCAACUUCGAGAGCUUCACUGAAGUCUACCUUAUUCAGGUACGAGCUAUUUCAUAUGGGGAGUAUCGUUGUAUGGAUCGUAUUAACACACUGUCGCAGGAAUUGAUGGAAACCGACAUGCACCGAGUCAUCCGUACCCAAGACCUUUCUGACGACCACUGCCAAUACUUCAUCUAUCAGACUCUAAGAGCACUUAAGGCCAUGCACUCUGCCAACGUGCUCCACCGUGAUUUGAAACCGUCCAACUUGCUCCUCAAUGCAAACUGCGACUUGAAAGUUUGCGACUUUGGACUUGCUCGCUCCGCUGCCUCGACAGACGACAACUCCGGAUUCAUGACUGAAUACGUUGCAACCCGUUGGUACCGCGCCCCAGAAAUUAUGUUAACAUUCAAAGAAUACACCAAAGCCAUCGAUGUUUGGAGCGUCGGCUGCAUUCUUGCUGAAAUGCUCAGCGGCAAACCCCUCUUCCCCGGAAAGGACUACCACCACCAAUUAACCCUCAUCUUGGACAUCCUUGGAACGCCAACGAUGGAGGACUAUUACGGAAUCAAAUCCCGCCGUGCACGAGAAUAUAUUCGUUCCCUACCAUUCAAGAAGAAGAUUGCGCUGAAAGCCAUAUUCCCCAGGACUUCUGAUCUGGCAUUAGAUCUAUUGGAGAAACUUCUUGCCUUUAACCCUGUCAAGCGCAUCACAGUUGAAGAAGCACUGCGUCACCCUUACCUGGAACCCUACCAUGACCCAGAGGAUGAACCCUCUGCGGAUCCCAUCCCAGAGGAGUUCUUCGAUUUUGAUAAGGAUAAGGACACACUGAGCAAGGAGCAGCUCAAGCGUACGUUAAAUCUCCUCUGCCGCCUAUUAUACUUUACAGUCAACUAA